AUGAAUUUUAAUAAUUUAAAUAACGAAAACUCACUUUAUUAUAUUUCAAAUACUAAAUACUUAGAGAUUGCUUCUUCUGUUAAUGAAUCCUCUCAAAUGCUCUUUCAAGAUAAUGAUGCUGAUUAUGACUUUCCACCAACAAAUAAUAUAGAAUUUUUAAAUCAAGAUGAUUCAAAUGAUAGUGAACUUGAAAUUGACUGUGAAUCUACUCACCCAUAUAUUAAAUUAUUAAGAAAUUACCAAAAUCAAAUCUUUUCUCAAUGUACAAGUUUUGUAGUAAAUUUAAAUAAUAAUAAUAAUAAUAAUAAUAAUAAUAAUAAUAAUAAUAAUAAUAAUAAUAAUAAUCCAAAACCAUUUAAUGAAAUUUUAUUAAAAAUUGAAUCAACAAUAUCACAUUAUGAAAAAGAGAAUGAAAUUUUACUUCAAAUUAAUAAUAAUUAUUUCCAAUUAUUUUUAGAUAAUAUUACAAUUGCAAGUCAAAAUAAUAGAAAAAUUAAAAGAAUGGAAUCACUUUUAAAUGAAUUCAAAGGUGUUUGUAUUCAAAUGCAAAGUAUUUCAAAUCAAUCAAAUUAUUUAAAUAAAAAAAUAUAA